CAGCUGAUUUUCGCUGUUUUCCGGAGUUUUUCAUCGGUUUUCUCGAGUUUUUGCAGUUUUCCGGCAUGGAGGACGUAGAAGUGAUGGAGCUGAACGAUUUGGAGGAGAUGAUGCGCAAGUUGACGAUUAAGGAGAGGCGCGCCAGCACCUUGUAUAAUUUGGAGCUUAAAAUCGACACGGUUAACAAGGAGCUCUACGAAGUUAUGCUGCGGGCGGAGAACAUGCUGGAGUUUGUCGCCGCGGCCAACAGCGAUCAAUUGAGCGCGGCAACGCGCAUUAUAUUCCGCAAAGGAGUGGCCUCCUUCCCACAAGGAUCCUCCUCGAUCGACCAGUUUAUUGAACGCUGCCUGAACCACCCGUCGGAUACGGUGAAGGAGUUCGGUCUGCGGGGAGCGCACACCUUGUGGGACGCAUCGCUUCCAGUGGCCCCCAUCAACAUUCAUCUAAUCCUCAAAAACUGCCUACCGAUGGCAACGGGAGUCAGCGCUACAGUCAUACAAAUGCUGGCCAAACUGCUGCCCCCUCUGUUUGCCGGCCCGCAAGUGCAGGCCGGUUUGCUGGCUGCGCUGAAAUGCAGCGACACGAUCCGCUGCCGAGUUUAUGACAUUGUGUGCCAGAUCCUGCAGAAACAUCCGGAACAUUUUCCUACCGCCGAGCCGAUCCUACAGCGUGCCUUAGCAGACUUGGACACAAACGAUGUGCUGCUGCAGACGAAUGUCCUGGAAAUUUUAGCCCCACUGGUGGCCACAAUCGACGGGUUUGCAUACAUAGAGAAGGUGGAUUUGUUUAACAAACUCAAAACGAUCCUCAAUAGCGUUGCGCAAACACCGUUCAUACGCUUCAUACUGCCGGAUGCGCUACGGUUCUACGGCAAUGCCGCUUCUUUGCAACCGGCCAUAUUCUUUGCACGAUACCCCGAAGUGAUCGACUUUAUCUUCGAGCAGGGAUAUACAGAGGACGAUACAUUCUCGCUGAUCGCCUAUGAAUCAAUCGCCGUAGUAGCGGCCAAGGACGAGGGCAAGAUAUAUCUGCAUACCAAACUGAAGGAUAAGAUGGACAAGCUUCUAGGGGCGAUUAAGAAGUUAAUGCAUUCUUCCCAGGAACGGUAUGGGCCACGGUUCAUCGACAGCCUAACGAACAUCAUCGCCGCUGAGAAUGCUGAUUCAACAGUGAACAACCAGAUAGCGGUCAUCGCACGUGAUUUCUAUGAGGCUGCGGCUGGACGAAGUGAUUUGCAGAUGGUGAUGGAGCUGUUUGUGAUACCGUUUUCGGAAGUGAAAUUGGCUUCGCUCAAGUUGCUUUCAGCAAUCAUCGAUUAUCGCUGGGGACAGUUGUACUUAAAGGAUACACCGUCUUUCAUUGAAGGACUGCUCAAUCGAACGCUCGACAGUGAUGCCCAGGUUACGAGGUACAAGUACGACGUGAUUAAGAAGCUGGCCACAUCUACCGUGUUCGAUAGGUUCGAUAGUGUAGCACUCCAGCAGUACGUGUCGGAUGGAGCUUUCUAUAAAAAGGCCACUCUAGAGGUAGACUUUGAGGGCGGUCAGUGAUUACGGAGGGUUUUGGUUUACGAAUUUGGUUUCCCGUGGGAUUUGGAAUCUGAUGAACUGUUCACAUUCAUUUACUUUUGCAUUUGCGUCACAAUAAAAUAAUAUUCAAAGCA